AUGGUGUUGCGUCGCCGGAGGUUUGCUCAGGUGUCCUCGAGUGACGGGGAAGAUGACUUUGUAGCGGAGACGGAGUCUCAGGGACAGAACUCAAGGAGACCUGCGGAAAAAAUGGAGGGAAAGAGGAGGAAGCGUAAGAAAGACGGCGACAAAACGCUGCUGAAGGAAUUGAAGCCCGAUGACGUGAAACCGGUUGGUGAGCCGAUUAAAGUUACGGGUAGAGGAAGAAGAAGAGGAAGAAGAAGAACCCAUUACGGGAAGUUCAAGUACAACGGAAAAAGAUACAAGCUGGAGGAUACGGUGCUGGUUUGUCCAGAAAAAGAGAGUCAAAGGCCUUACGUUGCCAUUAUCAAGGAUAUUACCAAAAACCAAGAUGAAAGCAUGAUGAUUCUGGGACAGUGGUUUUAUCGUGAAGAAGAAGCAGAGAAAAAGGGUGGUGGAAACUGGAAAGUAAAUCAUACACGAGAACUUUUCUACAGUUUCCAUCGUAAUGAGGUCCCAGUAAAAUCUGUGAUGCAUAAAUGCGUGGUGAAUUUUGUUCCACCUCACAAGCAAAUUCCAAAACGCACGGAUAACCGUGGUUUUAUUGUGCGAAAGUUGUAUGAUACUGUUGAAAAGAAGCUGUGGAAGCUGACUGAUAAACGCUAUGAAGAUGCACAACAACAUGAACUUGACAUGUUUGUGGAAAAGUCAAUGUUGCGAUUGGGUGAUCUUCCUGACCUUGAAACUGAGGAAGAUGUAGAGACGGCUAAAAGAUCUUCCCGGGAAGUGUAUUGA